CUCCCGAGCACAACUCUAGCCCUCCCAUCUCCGUUCUUCGACGAGCCAAUGCCUCCGGCCGCCAGAUUUCUCACGACGUCAGCCCCGCCGCCGGAGACGCACACCAACGUGGUGGUGAUCCUUGCCGCGCUGCUCUGCGCCGCGGUCAGCGCCGUGGGUCUCGCCCUCGUUGCGCGCUGCUGUGCCUGUCCCUGGCGCUCCCUCGGCGGUGGAGGCCCACGGGCGCCGCCUGACAAGGGCCUCAAGAGGACGGCCCUGCGGCAGCUGCCCAAGGUCUCGUACGGCGGCGCCGCUGGCGGAGAGGAGCCGGCGGAGUGCCCGAUCUGCCUGGCGGAGUUCGAGGAGGGCGAGCAGCUCCGGGUGCUGCCGCAGUGCGGGCACGGGUUCCACGCCGGUUGUGUCGACGCAUGGCUCGGUUCCCACUCCAGUUGUCCGUCGUGCCGACGGGUGCUUGUCGUCGCCGCGCCGCCCUCCCUGUUCCAGGGGUGCCGCGAGGGAUCCGUCGAAGCUGCGGCGCCCGUGUCGGUCUCCGCGGCGGGCCGCGGAGGCGAGGGAGGACGGUGACGCCCACAGGUUCCUCCCUCAAAAGUGGCAUCUUUAGCUCCCUCUUUUCUACGCAUCUUCAUGAGACCAAACCAAAGUGAGACCCUUAUUUUCCAUUCUUAGAUCUUGUUGAGCUGUGGAUUUGUGAUUCUCAAAAGUACAAUAAAUAUCGUAUAAAACACCAGAAUUUUUUUU